CCGUCACGUCUUUGCGGGGGGUUUACCCUUCUUUCAACAUUUUAAACUCCUCCUAUAUAAACCCUUAAACCCUAACCUAACCUAGUUUGGCUCCUUUUUUUUCAACGGCCGUCGGCUAUAUCGUCUCCGUUCCGAUGGCUUUGGCUUCCAGGCUCCGCCGCGUCUUCACCGUGCCUUCCACUCUUUCUUCUCGGUUCGCUGCGAUUCGUCUGAAUUCGACUCUCACUUCCCCCAAGCUCUUCAUUAGCGGUCUUUCAAGAGAAACAACAGAUGAACAGUUUAAAGAGGCAUUUAAUCCGUUUGGCCAGAUUGUUGAUGCCAAAAUUGUAAGAGAUAGAGCCACGGGAAGGUCGAAAGGGUUUGGUUUUGUUACAUAUACAUCCAUCGAAGAAGCUGAGAAGGCUAGAGAAGAAAUGAAUGCUAAGUUUUUGCAUGGAUGGGUUAUUUUUGUAGACCCUGCCAAACCAAGGGAAUUCAAACCUACACCUAGAUCUGAAUCUGGUCCUUCUGAAACAGGUUUUAGAACAAACAAAACUGUUGGAUGGUGCGGGUAGUUCAAUUUAUGAAAGAUGAAGCCAUACAGGGAUUAAUUGAAUUCUUCAAGUAAUAAGAUAUAAGGUAGAAAUUGAAUCAAUGAUUUCAUCAUUCGGGAUGGGAAAGUGAAAACACCAAUUUGUACUCUUAAUAUAUUUCCUCGUUGGAACUGUUAAUUGUAUUGUUCUAAGUUCAAUUU